UUCAAGAUGGGUUUGCGUGUAAGAAUUACUCAUAAUAUUAUAUAUAUAAUUUUUGUUACCGUAGCGGGGAAGGCCCCUAGAAUCUAGCGUUCUGUUCGGAGGAGUCGAUGUCUUCUUUGAUUCGUACGUCACGGUAAGGUUUUGAUUAUGCUCCACUUAGCUACCUGCUGAAUUCCUUUGUCUCCUCUCUCUGUUUCUAUGUCAUCUUCCUCGUUUGACUAGCCUCUCAUUUGUCGAGUAAGUAAAUAACAAGAAACUAUCUCCUGAUUCUCCUCCUCGAUUUUCCCUCUCAUUUUUUUUCCCGGAAAGCAGAAUUUUGCCCUCAUUUCUUUGCAGUGACUGUAAAUUGUUUACUAUAAAACAGAGAGGAUUCUCCUACCAAACGUAAAGCAGAUCAAUAAGGCAGGAAAACCGUUAUGGGUAAUAUCAAUUGCUGCGGUCUAAACAAGCCCAGCAAGAAUCGGAGCCGGCGGAGUCAUGCACUGUCAGCAUCCACACAAUCUGGAACCACCGCGAAUCCUGAACCUGUGCCUUACAACCUGUACUUGGGGGUAUAUCCACUCCCUUCGCUACUCUCUCAGAGUGAGCGUAAACGCUCUAAUCCCUUGCGUUUACCUGGAGGCAGCAACUCUUAUGGAUCUAAGAAGUUGCUGCAGGAGCCUUGCAUAGAACACCAGAAAGUGUCUACGUUGAGAAAUUUUGUCAAUUUAAGGAAGAAAACCUUAAGACUGGAAUUGGAUGAGGAGCAUCCAGGGAUGUUUCUUGUGUCGUUUACAUUUGAUGCUUCUGCUGCUGGAACCAUCACUAUUAUUUUCUUCGCAACAGAAGGCAAGGAUGGCACCUUAUCGGCAAUGAAGGAGAAUCUCCUUCCUCCAUUGACAGUAACUUUCCAGCCAGGGAUGAGCCAGAAGUUCAGACAGCCUUCUGGAACCGGAAUUAACCAUGCAAUGUUUGAGGAGACAGAGUCGCUGAAAGUAACUCGUAUGUAUGGCUACCCUCUCGCGGUGAAGGCAGAGGCAUUUCCUAAAAACCAAAAUGGAUCAUAUGGGAGAAUUAGUGACGACUUUCAGGUAACAAUGGCCGUGUUUGACAAGAACGAAGGUGAGUACAGGGCAAGGAUAGUGAAGCGAGCACUGUGGAAGAACGGAUUGAAGCUUGACCUGCACGAGAUAUAUCAGAUUGAAAAUUCAGUUGAUGAAGAUGUGGACACGCAUAAUAAAGGACAUUCGUGCGUCAUUUGUCUAUCAGAACCACAGGAUACCAUUGUUCUUGCUUGCCGGCACAUGUGUUUAUGCAGCAAAUGUGCACAGGUUCUUAGGUUUCAAACCAAUCGGUGCCCAAUUUGCGGUCAACCGGCGGAGAUGCUUUUGGAGAUGAUGAAGGACUAGAAGGUAUUUGAUGAAUGUGGACCUGGCAGAAGAAUAUACAUGCAUAGUAGCUAAUUAAUGUUCUUUGGAUUUUAGUUUCUUAUUAAUUUACAGCAUGCAUUUCCUUCUAA